AUGUGGAAGUGUGUGGUGUUGCUGGGCCUAACGGGCAAUUUUGUUGGUGGAGACAGGAAUGUCAUGAUUGAUUUUCAAAGAGCAUCUUGGCUGGAUGAUCAGGACUUCAAGGGCAUGAUUGAUUAUUCCUUCGGGGGAUCCAGGUGCUGCAAUAUCUUCGUCGAGGGGGUGACCGACGGGGUGAACGCAUUGUUCCACCAGUUUAUCAAAUUGUAUGGGCAUGAUUAUACGGUUAACAAAAUCAACCGCAAGUGUAAUGCAUAUUUCUUGCUUGCGGAGGAAUCGACGAGUCUCAUCAGUGCAGUUGAAAAAGUUCCUACAACCAUCGCUCUAACCGAAAUUCUCAUAAUUUUCAAUGCUGAAAUUGAGAAAAAUUCUCUUCUAUUCAAUGCCUCCAUCUACGAGAACGCAAACGUCAAUCUUGUUUCGCGAACAGGCAGAUGGAGUUUAUCAGAGAUGUUCCUCCUACCCCGAGUUUUCAAAAAAGUCUCCAGUAACUCCGAUAUGAAACACAACAAGGGUAUUGUUGACCUGGAAGGGCGUGAAUUACAGGUGGCCACAUUUUACGUCCCACCACUGUCUUAUCUAUCGACGAGUGAGAAUAGAACGGUGAAUGGAAUCGAGGGGGAAUUUUUCUCGUCAAAUGAUACAAUGGAGUGGGACGGAGUUGAGGUAAAGCUGUUCAUGAUAAUUGCUAAGCAACUGAAUUUCACGUGGAUGAUUCGGAAACCUAACGGAGGAUAUCGAUACGGAAGGGCAAUGAAUUCCACUUGGCACGGCGGAAUGAUCGGUCAGCUAUUCAGGAAGGAAGUUGAUCUUGCGUUCGGUGGCAUCUGGUUCAUGUACGACCCGUUCCGAUACGUGAAUUUAUCAGUGCCGUGGUACCAAGUGUCGAUACAUUUCCUGGUACCCCGGCCGCAUCCGAUCAUCAACUUCUGGGCCCUCACGAGACCAAUCACCCUGGAGGUUUGGAUUGCAGUGGCGGUUACGAUAGCCAUGCAGAGCCUCAAUGUCUGGUUCAAGGCGUGGAUUAAUCCUAAAGUACCCUCGAGGUUCAAAAGUUUUUCGAAUACACUCACCGAAUUAAUUGGCCGCCUCGUGGGUUCUUGGGCGCCUAGGAAGACAGUUGGGCUUCGCGUUCAACUGCAACUCUGGCAUUUCGCUGGGCUUCUCAUUGUCACCGCUUACUCCAGCAGUUUGGCAGCGAGGUUGACCACUCCAGACUAUGAACAAAGAAUCGACACAGCCGAUCAAUUCUUAAAAGCCAAUUUAACAUGGGGUCGAGAGGGUCCGAUUCCCAAAUUCGAUGACUAUUUCGAGGAGCAGUAUCGUGAGAAAAUGCGGGAGAGAUUCCAGAGUGAGAACUCGCCGGAUGAACGGCAGAGUAAAAUCGAACAGGGGAAUUACGCGAUCGUUGGCAAAAUCAUCAGAUCCAUUUUCUUUCCUGAGAAUGAUAUUCAUUCGUCUGACCUGCAUAAUUACAGAGUGAUGAAAGAGGGUUUUGGAAAGUACUACGUCUGCUUCGCGACUCAGCCUUGGCUUGUGCUGUCAAUAGAUAGAAUGAUGACACGAUUAAUAGAACAUGCAAAUAUUUAUAUACAUUUACUUGUGGCAAACCGACCAUUAUACACCUAG